AUGACAUUAGUGGACUCGAAUCAUUUGGUAAUAUUCUUUGGUGCCGAUGUUGUUUUGAGUGGCAACUUGGUCUACUACUUCUCCGGUAGUUCAGGUACACUUGAUUUGAACACGAAUUGGAAUCCAAUAUAUGUUACCGGUAUUACAAGUGCACCUACACAAGGUGGCAUGGUCACAGUGCAAGGAGCUUUCCUAAACACAACCACAACAGAGACCAAGAACACAUUGUUCAUUGCCAACUAUGUAAAUGACACUGGUGCCGAAGCCAACAGCGACUACUUCUCCAACUAUUUCAUAUUACCAGCAUCUGACCAAAUCUCAGGUACCAACAACCAAGCCAACAUUACAUGUAUCCAAAACAGUGCAUCAUUCACAUAUUCAUUCUUGCCACCUUAUGUUACAUCUUUAACAUAUUCAUCAAGUAAUAUUGUUAUUAAUGGAGGUAGUUUUGGAACUAAACUUGGUGAUGUAAAGGCUUACUUGGAUGGUAUCCAACUUCCAGUUAGUGAGAUUACCACUCCACAUCUUAAGAUCACCACUGGCUACCCAACAGGAACAUCCUUACCCUUUGACUCAUCAUUCUUUAGCUAUGCGGGUGUCAAGUCCCUGACCAUGUCAGUCAACCAAGACAUGAAACAACCAUACUUCCACACAAUAAGACCUGUUCCAACAUCAGUAACAAGUGUUGCCAGUGACCUUGGAGGUUUGGUAACAUUGAGUGGCGACACAUUCACUCAAACAAGAUGGAAUGGUAGUUUGACCACUGUAUCAAUUAAGAUUGGUGGAACUUCAUGUGAUAAUGUUACUCCAGUAUCAAAGAAUGGAAAUCAAUUCUCAUGUUUGAUGCAACCAUCUUCAUCAACUUCACAACAGAUCAAUAACCUACCAGUGUCUAUUAUGAUCGAUGGUGCUGCCUCCUCUGGAGACAACAAGGUCACAUUCUCUUAUGAUAUCCCAGACAUCCAGUUAGAGGCCGAACAACGUGGAGACCAAGUUAGAUUGGUUGGCCAGCGUCUUGGCAACGUCAACAACCUCAACCAGACAAUCAUUACAUUUGACAGCCAGAACUUGGUUGCAUCGUCGAUUGUCUUCUUGACCACCUCGACCCUGGAGCCAAACGGACAGGACAAACGUGUCCAAGAGCUCAACUUUACCAUCCCCCCUACCACCCCAAUCGGCAUGCCUUUGACCAUCGGCCUGAUAUUCAACGGCAAUCAGUCACCUCAGACCAAGUCCAUCAUGGUCUAUCCUCAGGUGCUAUACGUUACCUCGCCACCAGUUGCUGGAGGACUUGUCACAAUCAAGGGAACAUUAUUCCAAGCCAAACAAGAGAAUAUCACAAUCCCACAGUGCGAAUCAUUCACCCUGAUCAACAGCACCGACAUUACUUGUCAGCUUCCUCUUGGAAGUGGAGGCAACCACACAAUGAACAUCACUCUCAACACGAUCUCUGUAGUGACCUCUUUCAACUACCAGCCACCAGUGGUACGCGAGAUCACCAACUUCAGUUCGAGCGGUGGUGGUGUUACAGUGUACGGAGACAAUUUUGCCACAGCCGACGACCUCAGUGUGACCAUCGGUUCGGUCAAGUGUCGCGAUCCUCACAUUCUGACUUCAUCGAUGUUGGCAUGCCAGGUGCUCAACACAGACCUGCCCUCUCCCCUACCUACUGAAAUACAGACCGUGACGGUGACAGUGGCUGGCCAGACUUGCGAGGCCAACAUCUUUGGCUACAUCAUCCCUAAUCAAUCAAACGACAUCAGCAAGCAACUCAAGUGGAUCCUUCCCUUUGGAAUCCUGGCCGUGUUGUUCAUCGUGGGUACAUUCACGGUGCUCACCAUCAGACUGAUUAUCAGAAGGAGGCGAGUACAGGCCGUAAAGAAAUUCAUCAAGGCAUAG